CUCUGCCUUCGCCCCCAGUGCUGCACCAGCUGCGAGGACAACGCCCCGGCCACCAGCUACUGCGUGGAGUGCUCCGAGCCCCUGUGUGAGACCUGCGUGGAGGCGCACCAGCGGGUGAAGUACACGAAGGACCACACAGUGCGCUCCACCGGGCCAGCCAAGUCCCGAGAUGGGGAGCGCACAGUGUACUGCAACGUGCACAAGCACGAGCCACUCGUGCUGUUCUGCGAGAGCUGCGACACCCUCACCUGCCGGGACUGCCAGCUCAACGCCCACAAGGACCACCAGUACCAGUUCCUGGAGGACGCCGUGAGGAACCAGCGCAAGCUCCUGGCCUCGCUGGUGAAGCGCCUCGGGGACAAGCACGCCACCCUGCAGAAGAACACCAAGGAGGUUCGCAGCUCCAUUCGCCAAGUGUCCGACGUGCAGAAGCGCGUCCAGGUGGACGUGAAGAUGGCUAUUCUGCAGAUCAUGAAGGAGCUGAACAAGCGGGGCCGCGUGCUGGUCAAUGAUGCCCAGAAGGUAACGGAGGGGCAGCAGGAGCGCCUGGAGCGGCAGCACUGGACCAUGACCAAGAUCCAGAAGCACCAGGAGCACAUCCUGCGCUUCGCCUCCUGGGCUCUGGAGAGCGACAACAACACGGCCCUGCUGCUCUCCAAGAAGCUGAUCUACUUCCAGCUGCACCGGGCUCUCAAGAUGAUCGUGGACCCCGUGGAGCCCCAUGGCGAGAUGAAGUUCCAGUGGGACCUCAACGCCUGGACCAAGAGCGCCGAGGCCUUUGGCAAGAUCGUGGCGGAGCGUCCUGGCACCAACUCCACGGGCCCUGCGCCCAUGGCCCCUCCCCGGGCUCCGGGACCCUUGAGCAGCAAGCAGGGCUCUGGCGGCAGCCAGCCCAUGGACGUGCAGGAAGGCUAUGGCUUCGCGUCAGACGACUCUUACAUGAGUGCAGAGCCCCAUGUGUCAGGCAUGAAACGGUCCCGCUCAGGUGAGGGUGAAGUGAGCGGCCUCAUGCGCAAGGUGCCCCGGGUGAGCCUCGAGCGCCUGGAUCUUGACCUCACAGCUGACAGCCAGCCGCCAGUCUUCAAGGUCUUCCCAGGCAGCACCACCGAGGACUACAACCUGAUCGUCAUUGAGCGCGGGGCUGCAGCUGCUGCUGCUGGGCAGCCGGGGGCUGCGCCUGGCACCCCUGGUGCCCAGCCCCUGCCUGGCAUGGCCAUUGUCAAGGAGGAAGAGACAGAGGCUGCCAUCGGUGCCCCGCCUGCCACCGAGGGCCCAGAGACAAAGCCUGUGCUGAUGGCUCUGGCGGAGGGCCCUGGGGCGGAGGGUCCCCGCCUGGUCUCCCCCAGUGGCAGCACCAGCUCUGGCCUGGAGGUGGUGGCUCCAGAGGGCACCUCAGCCCCAGCUGGCGGCCCUGGUGCCCUGGAUGACAGUGCCACCAUCUGCCGCGUCUGUCAGAAGCCAGGCGACCUGGUCAUGUGCAACCAGUGCGAGUUCUGCUUCCACCUGGACUGCCACCUGCCGGCCCUGCAGGAUGUGCCCGGGGAGGAGUGGAGCUGCUCGCUCUGCCAUGUGCUGCCUGACCUGAAGGAGGAGGACGGCAGCCUGAGCCUGGACGGCGGGGACAGCAGUGGUGUGGUGGCCAAGCUCUCGCCAGCCAACCAGCAGAAGUGUGAGCGUGUCCUGCUGGCCCUUUUCUGCCACGAGCCCUGCCGGCCCCUGCACCAGCUGGCUACCGACUCCAGCUUUUCUGUGGAUCAGCCUGGUGGCACAUUGGACCUGACCCUGAUCCGCGCCCGCCUCCAGGAGAAGCUGUCGCCCCCCUACAGCUCCCCUCAAGAGUUUGCCCAGGACGUGGGCCGAAUGUUCAAGCAGUUCAACAAGCUGACAGAGGACAAGGCGGACGUGCAGUCCAUCAUCGGGCUGCAGCGCUUCUUUGAGACUCGGAUGAAUGAGGCCUUUGGCGACACCAAGUUCUCUGCUGUGCUGGUGGAGCCCCCGCGCCCGCCUCCAGGAGAAGCUGUCGCCCCCCUACAGCUCCCCUCAAGAGUUUGCCCAGGACGUGGGCCGAAUGUUCAAGCAGUUCAACAAGCUGACAGAGCUCUGUGGGCCAAGUAG